AUGGCCUCAAGUUAUGGUGCUUCUACUAGUAAUAAUACUCCAGAGUCUCAGACAAUUGUUGCCACCAAUAAAGGAACAAAAACACAUAGGAAUGCAGCUGGAAAUAGAACUGACAUGGGAUGGCAGCAUGGUAUACCACUUGAUGAAAGCGGUAGAAAAAUACAAUGUAAGUAUUGUAACAAGAUUGUAACCGGAGGGAUUUAUCGGUUGAAACAUCAUUUGGCAGGAACCCAAAAGGAUGUUGAAGCAUGUAAAUCUGUUAGUGUUGAAGUUCAAAAGCAAAUGUGGGAAAUUGUAGUCUCUUUGCAAGAAAGAUUAUUAAGAAAAACAAGCACACAAGAAGAAGAGCCUAGUGGAAAAAGAAAAGGGGAAGAUAAAGAGUGAUGAAUUCAUCAAGCAUGUGAAUCAAUUUCAAGACAUGGCUUGGGAUUUAAGCCACCAUCUUACCACGAGGUCAGAGUCAAAUAUUUAAAGAUUCAGUACAAUUUGACAAUGGAGGCUAUUGACGAACAUAGAGCUCAAUGGAAGAAAACAGGGUGCACAUUAAUGACUGAUGGGUGGACUGACACAAGAAGGAGGACAAUCAUAAAUUUUCUAGUGAAUAGCCCUAUGGGAACUGUUUUUCUGAAAUCUAUUGAUGCAUCUGACAUAUCCAAGACUGCUGAUAAAGUUUUUAAGAUGAUUGAUGAUGUUGUUAUGGAGGUUGGUGAAGAAAAUGUUAUGCAAGUUGUGACGGAUAAUGCAGCAAAUUACAAAGCUGCUGGAGAGAUGUUGAUGGAAAAAAGGGAAAAGUUGUACUGGACACCAUGUGCAACACAUUGCAUUGAUCUGAUGUUGGAAGAUUUUGACAAGAAGAUACUAGUUCACCAUGAAACAAUUCGGAGGGGAAAAAAAAUCACAACCUACAUUUAUUCAAGAACUUCUCUUAUUUCUAUUUUGCAUAAGUUCACUAAAGGAACUGAUUUGAUAAGACCGGCUAUGACUCGUUUUGCCACAUCUUAUCUAACUUUGGGGUGCUUAUAUGGAAAUAAAGGAGCAUUGAUAAGAAUGUUCACCUCUAAUGAAUGGAAAACUACCCGGGUUGCAAAGACAAAUGAUGGAAAGCUUAUUGAAGAUACUGUUUUGGACAAUGGGUUCUGGAAAAAUGUUAUGACUUGCUUGAUAGGUGCUGGUCCUUUAAUCAAAGUUCUUCGUAUAGUUGAUUCGGAUGAGAAGCCAGCCAUGGGCUUUAUUUUUGGGGAAAUUAAUGAGGCUAAGGAGAAAAUUAAAUCUAACUUCAAAGGGGUUGAAACAAGUUAUAUGCCUAUAUGGGAAAUAAUUGAUGGAAGAUGGGAUAGGCAACUCCAUAGACCUUUGCAUGCUGCAGGCUUCUACCUUAACCCGCGAUUUCAAUAUCAGCCUGGAUUCCAACCAAAAUAUGAUGUUAAACGUGCAUUAUAUGCUUGCUUAAAUAGGAUGGUGGUGGAUAUUGAUACCAUAUCUACAAUUGAUGCUCAGUUGGAAGAUUUCAAGGCAAAAAGGGUUUUUUUUGGUGAUCCAAUAGUCAAGGCAGCAAUUGAGAAAAAAGCUCCAGCAGAAUGGUGGGAGUCUUAUGGGGAUGAUCAUCCAGAGCUUCAAAAAUUUGCUAUCCGUGUAUUAAGCUUGACAUGUAGUUCUUCUGGGUGCGAGCGAAAUUGGAGUGCUUUUGAAAGGGUGCACACUAAAAGAAGAAACCGUUUGAAGCAAAAGACCAUGAAUGAUGUUGUUUUUGUGAUGGUUAAUUCAAAAUUGGCCAAGAAAAAGGCUUCUAGAAAAACUCCUGCAACUUAUAAUGUUGAAAUUGAUGAUAUUUCAUCUGAUGAAGAAUGGAUUAUGGAAGAUGAUGGGAGUGCUUCCCUCAUUCAAGAGUUUGAUGAUUUAGAUUUGGAACAAAAUGAAGAAGAAGAACACUUGGUUCAACUUCAACCUAAUCCUAUGGAUGAUUUGGACUUGGGAUUACCAAAUUUUGAUGAAGAAUUGCCUGAAGUUGGAGAAGAUGCCAUAGAAGAUUAUGAUUAUGAUUUAAAUGACUUGAUUUGA